AUGUCGAAAAUUGCUGCACAUGUGUCCAGCUGUGUAUCUGUUACUGCCAUUGCAGUAUGUUUUUUCUACAUGCCAUACCUGACAAAUCGGAUAGACAAUAUCCGGAGCCAUUUAGCUGUUAAGCUCGAUAAAUUUCGGGUGUUGGAGCAGCAAGUAUGGGAUGAAAUGAUGGUUGCUCGUAGCGGUAUUCCACGAACUCGCAAAGAACGCCAAGUAGAAACGAUUUGCCAGUGUGAUACAGGCGACAGAUGCCCACCAGGACCACCUGGAAAACCUGGAUUGCCAGGAACACCUGGAAUCCCAGGAGCUCCUGGUCAACGAGGUGAACCAGGAGUACCAGGAAUAGUACCACCAAUGGAUUUCCCACCAAUAACUGGCUGCAAGCAAUGUCCUCCAGGACCAGUUGGACAGCCAGGACCACGGGGACCAAUAGGACCACCGGGUGAAAAAGGACCCACAGGCCUACCAGGGCAAGAUGCUCGUCCAGGGAACAGAGGGCCUGCAGGACCUCCUGGACCGCAAGGCCAACCUGGACAGGAUGGUAAGCCAGGUCAACCAGGUCCACCAGGUAAUAACGGAGUCGUUGGACGUAAAGGACCUCGUGGACCUCCAGGUCCAAUUGGACAACCGGGUCAAAGAGGACAACCUGGACCACCAGGUACUCCAGGACAACCAGGAACUCCUGGCAACCAAGGACCGCAAGGAGAGCUCGGCAAUAACGGUCAACCUGGUUCGCAGGGACCACCAGGACCUCCCGGAACACCAGGAGUUCCAGGAAAAGAUGCAGCUUAUUGUCCUUGUCCUAAGAGAACAAUGUCUAGGCUUGUUAAGGUUUCUAAGUCUUAAGU